UAAAAUACUUAAAACAUUGUCUCGAAUCUAGGUUGUGCCUUUAGAUACAAAGGACGAAUGUUUCGCUUCUCUAACACCAAACCACUUCUUCCCGGAAGUCUUGCGAUGUUGCGCCUCUGUGUUUAAAAACUCUGUGGCGAGAUCUCGGCACCAUUUUGUGAAGCCACUCAAGCCUGCGAGAGUUGUGGUGGGAAUAUUUGUAUUUUGUUGCUACUAGCUAGUUAACGUUAGUGAGCUAGCAAACUUGGUGUGAACUGUUAACGACUGACCAAACAUAGCUUGCUAUUUUUUACAAGAGCAAUUUUCUAAAUAACGUUAAAGUGGUUUCCUAACUUUUAAACCACGAAAGUUAGCUAGCAGUCUACGGAUGUCUGGAGAUAAUAUGUCGGGCGGCGGGAGCGUGGUUCGUGGCCCAGCGGGAAACAACGACUGUCGGAUCUACGUGGGUAACCUGCCGCCUGAUAUUCGCACUAAAGACGUUGAGGAUGUGUUUUAUAAGUACGGGGCGAUCCGAGAUAUCGAUCUGAAAAACCGGAGGGGAGGACCGCCGUUCGCUUUUGUGGAAUUCGAGGACCCCAGGGAUGCUGAUGAUGCGGUGCACGGUCGUGAUGGUUAUGACUAUGAUGGUUACCGUCUCCGGGUGGAGUUCCCCCGUAGUGGGCGUGGGGGAGGGAGAGGGGGUGGUGGCGGCGGCAGGGGUGGCGGCGGCGAUGGAGGAGGGGCCCCAAGAGGACGAUACGGACCUCCCUCACGGCGCUCAGAGUACAGAGUCAUCGUCUCAGGUCUCCCCUCUAGUGGUAGCUGGCAGGACCUAAAGGACCACAUGCGCGAGGCAGGUGAUGUAUGUUAUGCUGACGUGUUCCGGGACGGUACCGGCGUGGUGGAGUUCGUCCGUAAGGAGGACAUGACCUACGCUGUCCGCAAGCUGGACAACACCAAGUUCCGCUCCCACGAGGGAGAGACUGCGUACGUCCGUGUGAAGGUGGACGGACCUCGCAGCCCCAGUUACGGACGCUCCCGCUCUCGUAGCCGUAGCAACGGGCGUAGCAACGGGCGUAGCAACAGCCGCUCGCGCAGCUUCUCGCCGCCGCGACGCAGCCGGCCUUCGCCACGCUACUCGCCACGACACUCCCGAUCACGCUCCCGCACCUAGACACAAACCACAUACACACACCUCCAGCCCAGCGCCCCCCCCCCCCCAGGGAAAGGACAGACCAGGAGAUGGACAGACGCCGCCCGGUGGACAUUCUAAUGCAUUACACCUCAUGUUCUCUUGCCUCGGCUACCUCUUGUUCUUUCAUCCCCGUUUCCUGGUCUAGUUAUCCUCAGCUGUGACUUAUGACCUCUGUUCUCUUUGUAUCUGCUGACCCCUCAUCUUCCCCCUCUCUCUCUCCCCCCCCGCUCUCUCCUCCCAUCUGUGUAAAGGGCUUUCAUUGUUUUGACUGGGGGGGGGGGGGGGGGGGGGGAUUUAUUUUGUGUUUAUGUGGGGAGGGAUGGUAUUAUUGUCUUUGGUGUGUUUGUUGUGUUGACCUCUGACCUGUCUGUCGUGUCUCUCUGUAGAGAUCACAGGAGCAAGCUGAUAGGCUGCUGGGAAACAGGAAACUGUUCAUAUUAGGAUUAACAGGAGGAGCAGGAGGAGUCAAAUAACCAGCCAAUGGUAUGACGGCAGUAGUCUCUCAUCCAAUCAGCUGUCAGACCUGAUGUUUUUCUGACCCAGUAAUAUUAUUGAACUGGUUUUAACUUUCUACUCUUAAAUCUCUCAUUAAUUAGUGCUUUGCCACCUCUCCUUCCCUCAAUCUCAUCCGCCCCUGGUUUUCUAUUCAUGGUUUCUGGUCAGAGUAACAUGCAUGGUAGUGUCAACGGGACAGUGUGUGUCUCUGUGUCAAUGGGACAGUGUGUGUCUCUGUGUCAACGGGACAGUGUGUCAACGGGACAGUGUGUGUCUCUGUGUCAACGGGACAGUGUGUCAACGGGACAGUGUGUGUCUCUGUGUCAACGGGACAGUGUGUCAACGGGACAGUGUGUGUCUCUGUGUCAACGGGACAGUGUGUGUCUCUGUGUCAACGGGACAGUGUGUCAACGGGACAGUGUGUGUCUCUGUGUCAACGGGACAGUGUGUGUCUCUGUGUCAACGGGACAGUGUGUGUCUCUGUGUCAACGGGACAGUGUGUGUCUCUGUGUCAACGGGACAGUGUGUGUCUCUGUGUCAACGGGACAGUGUGUGUCUCUGUGUCAACGGGACAGUGUGUGUCUCUGUGUCAACGGGACAGUGUGUGUCUCUGUGUCAACGGGACAGUGUGUGUGUGUCUGGCAUUAUUAGUGGUUGGUUAUAUUUUCUCAUUAGUCUUGGUUCAGAGAACUUUCUAGCGUUGAGGUGAGUUUUCAGCUGUAUAUGUCUUAAACACACAGCGUUCAGAGCCAGCAGGUUGUGAUGGCUGAUUGGCUGUAGCUAGACUUGGGCGGUAUACUGUAUUUUACUAUACACAGAUAUACAGUCUUGUAUAACUAACCUUAGGGCUGGGCGGUAUACUGUAUUUUACUAUACACAGAUAUACAGUCUUGUAUAACUAACCUUAGGGCUGGGCGGUAUACUGUAUUUUACUAUAUACAGGUAUUGAUGCAUGGGCCAGAGCCAGCAGGUUGUGAUGGCUGAUUGGCUGUAGCUAGACUUGGGCGGUAUACUGUAUUUUACUAUAUACAGGUAUUGAUGCAUGGACCGGUUUGGGUUUUUACCUUCUAUAACGGUAUUUGAUCGUUUGGUUUGUUAAAUGUGAUACGUUGUGUGUAACGUCCAUUUUUAUAGUUGCCUUGGCUACUUGAGUCAUCUUUCUCCGUGCCGCUUUCCACACAGACAUGGCCCUGCCCCCCCUGUCACUCAAGGAGCAUAUUUGUUGUUGCUUAACCAGGAUUCAGUCUGCCUGGUCAAUGCUGAUCACUACCAUGUUGAUGACAACAAUGCUGUUUUCACUUUGCUUCUUAAUAUAACUCCACUAGCGUUUCUUACAUCUGCAAAUUUGUGUUUUCAUAGCAAGUUGGGCCUAAAUCUUGUUAGCCGCUAAUGCUAACUGCUAGCUCGCUAAUAAAUGUACUCAGUCAGAGCAAAGGCAACUAGCUAUACAGCCUGGUAAUACCAGUGGUGGUGUAGAACUAAAUCGGUAUGUUGGUACAACAGUAUUUUCUAAAACAGGAAUAUGUGAAUGUUAGUUACAUGAAGUAACUUAAGAGAACCUUCAAUGUAGCCAAAGAUUAGAGUCCCCUAGGAAACACUGACCAUCACUUUGGUUCCUACCCUGUCACAAUACCUCCUCCAGGCAUUUUCAUUUGUUUUCAUGUCAAACACAGUAUUCAAAGUGCCCACUAUUAUAUUCUAACUAUAGAAUUUACCCUUCCUAUUCAUUACUUCCUUUUAUUCCAACAGUUCACCCUAGUGUUUUGCUCUAAAUCGCAACAUUUGGUAAAAAAUAAGGCCUAGUUUUUUUGUUUUUUUUUGCCCAUAUCGUGCAGCCAGUUUGGAAAUGACCUCAAAUGAGUUCAGGAAACGCAGAAAUGUAUGAAAUGAUUUUGGUUGAUUUGAACAGUGUAGAACAACUAAUUUGAAAUCACAUAAUGCAUGUGGUAUUAGGGUGGCAACAAUACUCAUAAAGCAAAUUAAGGACUUUUUAUUAUUUAAAAAAAACAUUAAAUACCGUCAUACCAUUAAAAAAAUAUAUAUUAUUUUUACACCGUGAUAUAAUAUUUUGGCCAUAUCGCCAAGCCCUAACUAUAGCAGGUUGUGAUAGUGUGACUGAUUGGCUGUAGCAGGCUGUAAUAGUGUGGCUGAUUGGCUGUAGCAGGCUGUGAGUGAUUCUAACCUGUUGCUCCUUCCUUCUCUCUGUUGGGUGCGGGAUCUGUCUCAAGGAGGGCUGUGAUUGGAGGAGGGCUCUGUCUCCCCGUCCCGGAGCCAAUCAGACCCAUCAGGAUUCAGGAUCAGAGCAGGGAUUAGGAUUAAGGAUGGAGAGAGAGAAAACGCGGAGUGGGACAGGAGCAUAGGAUCGGACCCAGACCACAGCCCACUGGAACCUAGAUACUAAACCUAAUUCACUCAAAAUGCCUCUCAAACACCCAAAAUUAGUUUACCCCCCCCGUGUGGACACCACAGGGUCCUAGGAUCCUGACCAGCGUUCUUUUAUUAUUUAAGAGGAGCUCGGCGCUAAACCAGGAGACUGGCUCAGGAUGGAGGGAGACGCACAUAAGGAGAUUGGUAACUAGAAGGGAAUUAUAAUCUGGGGGGGGGGGUAAAUGUUUGUUCAUGUAAGGGAUGGGGGGUAAUGUGUUUGGUUUGGAGGGAGGGUGUUGGUUGUUUUUUUUUUUAAGGUUUGCAUUGUUUCCUCGGUAGAUAUUAUGAUUAGUUUGUUUCCCUAGUUGGUAACUUUUCAUGUUUCUGCAUCUCUUCAAUAAAGUGUCUUCUACAGUG